CUUUUUCAGAAAAGGAAGAUCUUGAAAGUCUGCUCCAUUUACCUCUUCCUACCAUAGUAAAAAGGAUGGACAAAACUACACCUACACUGCUGCUAUCAAUCAGCAGCAAGGAGCCCCUGCAAGCUCCUUUGGCUUUAGCCAAAUACAUCGCUACCCUGCCUUCUUCAACCACAACCGUUUUGCCUAUUACCGUUCAAUGGACUUCAGUGGAGGCAAACGAAGAUGCCAUUAGAUUAACAGUCAAUAAUGGUAACGAGAAAGCUUCAGGCUUACAGGAAGUCUUGAAGAAAAUCGCAGACAUCUAUGCUAGCUUGGGAGUUGCUGGUAAGGACAGCACUGAAAGUGGUCAAGUGGCUCACUAUGUCGAUCAAGCAGUGGACAAAGUAGCCAAAGUGAGCGCAUUUACCGAAGCAGCUGAACAAGCAAAUGAGUUGGAUCAGCGAGUGUCUCUACGCACCUACCUUGUCGGAUCCGGUCACACUCUCACUGUUGCCGACUUUGCCGUUUGGGGCGCUUUCCGAUCUUCACCAGUCUUCAUGGGUGUAUUGAAGAAAGGUCUUCAUGAACAUCUUGCAAGAUGGUUUGCUCACAUUGACAAAUUGGCCUCCAGCAUCUCUGCCAUGGAAGAAACUGCAUCAGAGAAGAGCAAAAUUGCUUCAUCCGCUCCCAAGAAAGAGGAAGGCGGCGGUGUUGCUCAAAAGCAAGCUCAUUCUUUCGAUAUCUUCCUUGGAGAUGAGGCUAAAGAAGGUCAAGUGGUCACACGUUUCCCGCCUGAACCUUCUGGAUAUUUGCACGUUGGUCACGCAAAGGCAGCUAUCCUCAACCAUUACUUUGCACGCAAAUACAAGGGAAAGCUCAUCAUUCGUUUCGAUGACACUAACCCAAGCAAGGAAAAGAUGGAGUUUGAGCAGUCAAUCAUUGAAGAUCUUGCUUUGAUGGGUAUCACUGCUGAUGCUACAAGUCAUACAUCAGAUUUCUUUGAUGAGCUCUACCGUCGCGCAAUCCAAAUGAUCAAGCAAGGAGAUGCAUACGCUGAUGAUACAGAACAAGAGGAAAUGCGUGCACAAAGAAUGGACGGUAUCCCUUCUCGCAGACGAGAUGCUAGUAUUGAGGAGAAUUUGGAAAGAUUCGCAGAAAUGACGACAGGUUCUGAAACUGGACGUAAAUGGUGCUUGCGUGCCAAGAUGAGCGUUGAUGAUCCCAACAAAGCUUUGCGUGAUCCUGUGAUCUAUCGCGUCAAUGCUGAUUCCGUUCAUCAUCAUACUGGUACAACGUGGAAAGUCUAUCCAACGUACGAUUUCGCAUGUCCGAUUGUGGAUUCUAUUGAAGGUGUCACACAUGCAUUGCGUACGAAUGAGUACCGUGACCGCAAUCCGCAAUACGCCUGGAUGUUAGAAAAGCUCAAGCUCAGACCUGUUAAUAUUUGGGACUUUGGAAGAUUGAACUUUGUUUACACUCUUUUGAGUAAACGUAAAUUGCAAUGGUUCGUAGAUAACGGUCACGUUACCGGAUGGGAUGACCCUCGAUUCCCCACAAUUCGCGGUAUUCGUCGUCGCGGAAUGACUGUUGACUGUAUUCAACAAUUUAUCUUGGCAACCGGACCGAGUCAACAAGUGAUCAAUAUGGAAUGGGAUAGCAUUUGGACUAUCAACAAGAGAAUUUUGGAUCCAGUCGUUCCACGUUUCACUGCCAUUACACAGAAAGAUAUCGUCAAAUGCACUAUCAAUGGGGUUACUCACGGUGUGUUGGAAAAGAUUAUGCCCAAGCACAAAAAGAACCCUGAUGCAGGUACAAAGACGACCAUUUUCGAUUCAGUUGUCUACCUUGAACAAGAAGAUGCAAAAUCAUUUGAUCAAGAUGAAGAGGUUACUUUGAUGGAUUGGGGAAAUGUCUUCGUCCGCAAUAAGAAGGUCAAUGCACAAGGUGUAGUGGAAAGUUUAGAAUUGGACGCACACUUUGAAGGUGACUUCAAGAAGACAAAGAAGAAAGUAACAUGGUUGGCAACAGAUGAGAAUACUCAACGUAAAUUGACACCAGUCCGAUUGCUUGAUUUCGAUUUCUUGAUCACAAAAAUGAAAUUGGAAGAAGAUGAUAAAUUUAGCGAUUUCCUCACACCACAAACAAUCUUUACAACAGAUGCAGUGGCCGACUUCAACGUGACUGAGCUAAAGCGUGGAGAUACAAUCCAAUUCGAACGUAAGGGUUACUACAUCUUGGACAACGAACAAGGACAAGAUGGACUUAGAGAAUUCAUUCAUAUCCCAGAUGGAAAGGUGGAGAGCAGUAAGAGCAAAGCAGCAGCAGAAGGUGAAGAUACAGUUGCACGCAAAAAGAAGGCUGCCGAAGAACGUGAAAAGAAAAAAGCAGAAAAGGCUAAAAAAGAAGAAGAAAAAGCAAAGAAGAAAGCAGAAAAGAAGUCUGGUGGUAGUGGUCGACAAACGGGAGAAGUUGUGGCAGCAGCAGCUACAACUGCUGGUUUGGCUACUGCUACCACUGUUGGCGCAAAUGAUGCGAUCGAACAAGCGGCUAAUUCAUCUUCAAAGAUGUACAAAGUUAAACCGGUUGCCAGUCAAACGCCCGCUGAGCCAAAGACGAAUAUGUAUCAUGUUAAGCCGAUUAUGUAAAUAGACCAUCAGUUAUUGUAACGCCAGCAAUUGUCAUUUCAUUCUCCGCAAAUUC